AACCAAGAAUAUUAAUCCCUGCAGUCACGAAAGCUUUAAAUCAAAAUAUAUAAUUAAGUUUCAUUAAAUAGUUGUCCAAAUUAAUUUAAAAAAAUACUAAUUAUAUUUUAUUAAAUCAUCCAGCUUUAUGAAAAUGUGAUUAUUUAUAUUCAUAUUUCCUUGUAUAAUUAUCAAAAGCAAUACAAUAAUAGAUAAUUUAUAUUUUAUUAAAUAAAGAUCCAGCUUGAUUCAAUACGACCGUUUGAGUUAUGGUCGAAACGUCGUGAGAAUUUUUUGUUUUAUAUAUAUUUUAUUAUUUUGUUGUUUCCCUUCAACGUGACUUUACCGAAAAAACUAAGAAUAUGAAUUACUGCAGUCACGAAAGCUUUAAAUCAAAAUGCAAUAUUUAUUAUUUAUAUUUCAUUAAACAGUUAUCCAACUUUAUUUAAUAAUCACCAUUUACACUCACGGGCAUUUAAAUAUUCUUUACCGAAAAAAACAAAGAAUAUUAAUUCCUAAAUUUACGAAACCUUCAAGUUAGGGGAAUUGUUAUUUAUUAUAUACUGCUUCCAACGGGUUUAAAUAGCCGGCCAAUCACAGCCCUCGGGUGACGUCACGCGGCGGCCGGUUGGGGACGUUGGCCAAUGGGGCGCGUCGGCGCGCACCACGUGGUUAGAUUUGAAUGUGGGGCUCGCAGAGGGAACGCGCAGUGCCUCUCGCGACACCCACAGUGAGAUUCUGACGAACUCGACAACAUCAACAACAACAUCACGAACAGUGGAAACAACAUCAUCAUCAUCCUCUUGUGCGACACCAUCACCACGAUCAUCCCCAUCAGUGGAAUCGGCACCACCAUCACCGCCACCGCCACAGUCGUCCUCGAGAUGCCUACGCCUGGCUUCGCUUCCCCAGAGGCAUCCUCGCCACGCCGGUGCCGCCCGGGUGGAGCCAUGAAGUUAAAGGGACAAGGCUGUCUGCUGGACAUCACCAACUCCCCGGUCACUGCCUCCACCACACCACUCGGCACCAAGGUCUGGGGUCCGGGUUCCAAGGCGCCUGCAGGGCCCGGGCGGGCCGAGGAGCCAGCAUUCAUCACGGACGAGACCUUCGACUUUGACUUCGUGCUGUCGCCGACCAGUCAGGAGAGGGGAGACGAGGGGGACGUGGAGGAGGAGGAGGACGACGACGACGAGGUGUUCUUCGGGCCGAUGGGUCACCGGGAGAAGUGCAUCAUGGUGGGGAAGGGGCUGCAGCAGCAGGACCUGGGCCCCGAGCCACACUGGAGUCCCCUGACCGGGGACAAGUUUGUGCAGGUCUGCAAGGAGGCGACGCUGCUGGCGUUGCACAUGGAGAAGGCGUGCGUCGCCGGGGAGGCUCCCGCGGCGGGUCACGUCUCUCGGUCGAGCAGAAGCAAGGCCAGGGCCAGGGUGGUAGAGAGGUUCGUGGAGGAGUCUUGCUCCAAGCUCAAGCUACUGGAGGCGGUGCGGGCGCCGGCCCAGCCUCGCACCCCCCGCCAGGAAACCUCUCUGCCGCGAGGACCGGCGCCCGGGAUCGGCGAUUGCCCAGACUCUGACCGUCGAGUGGCCGGGGAUGGCGAGGAGGGGGAGGUGAGCGGAGCCGGCCUCGAAUCGGAACGGCCACAACCGCAGCCGUCGACCAAUGCGACACGCGUCGGUGCACAGCAACUACCGUCGUGCACCUCGGCAGUCAUGGCAACGCAGGCGAGCGACGACGACGGCGGAGAGGAGAGGCCUCUCGUAAGCUGCCCGGUUUUGGAGGACGACACAUUGGACGCGCCGGCGUCGUCGAGCCUGCUCCUCCCCAGCCGCACCAAGCUGCGACGAGCGCUGGGACUUAGGCCGCCGGCCCCCGUGGGAGGAACGCGGCCACCGCCGGGGCAGCAGAAAAUCUCGUCCUCAUCCUCCUCUGGCUCGUGCUCCUCGCUGCUCGGCCUCGGCUCGAGCCACCGAGCCUCCCCCCGUGGCUCCUCCACCGCCAGCGCCGCCACUGGCGGUAGGCGUCUACAGGGUGUGCUUCGACCGCCGACGGGCCAUCCGGUCCAACCGGGGGGACUCCCCCGCCCAUUGUCCCUCUCUGGUCAGCAGGCGCCGGCGUCCAGGAGCCAUCCCGCGAGGGCGUCCGCGCUUCCGAGCAGGCGCGCGGGCUCUGCGUCAGAUGGCUCGGUUAUCCCGGGCGGCAAGCGGGUGCCAUCCACAGGCCAGCUGGCCCAGCGCAGGUCCGAUAGGGGAGGCGGGAGGGCGGCGGCAGGAGGGGAAGGCCGGGGGACGCCGGUUCCGCCAAGCGGAACCGGGGACGCCGCCCGCGCCGUCGGGAUGGGCUCCGCUCGUCACCCCGCGACGCCCAGCAAGGAGGGGCGCGAGUCGGCAGCCGCGUUGUCCGGUGACGUCGCCUCGGGGGAAACGCGGGGCGUAUGCCGAGCGGGCAAACCGCGUGGCGUGGCAGCUGGCGGCAAACCCUCGGAGGCGGGGACGCCCGUGAAGCUGCUGCGGGGACAGAGGCUCUCGGCCCUCGGCUCGACGGACAGGCCACCGGCUGUGUUUGUGACUCCAUCAAAGCCGCCCCCCCGCUCCACGAUUCCGACGCCCGUGGUGGGGUCACGGGGGGGGGCGGUGGUGCCGCCGGGGUCGACGCCGGCGUCUGUAACUCGCCGGCGCUCAUGUAUCCCGGCCAUCACGCCGAUCCGCACGCCGGCCUCGCUGAGACCCCGGCGCGACCCAGACGGCAUCGUCGCCGCCGCCGCUAUCGCCGUGCGAGCAGACGCCGAGGGGGAGACCGCGGACACACAAGCUCCCUCCCAGCUCUUGUUCUCCCCCCCAGCCACGGACAGUCUGCAUGCAACCACGAGUCCCCGUACCGGCGCGAGCGCCGGCGCACCGCUGAUCCCCGUAGAGGCGUCUUCGUCGAUCAUCUCCCUGAGCCCGGACAGCGACGUCCCCCUCCAGAACGUGGUCGUCAACCUAUUUGGAUCCGUGGCGGCGCUGGAGCAGCUGGAGUCGUUGCUUCCUGCAGAGACCUUUGCCUCGCAAGGGGAUGCGAGCGGUGACCUCCUGUGUGGGUUUGCGGCUGAGAAGUCGACUCAGGCGGAGGAGCGACCGCUCAUCGACCUCUCGGACAGCCCCGAUGCUCGAGAUGGAGGAGGAGGCGGCAGUGGCAAUUCCAAGGAGCUCAUCGACCUGAGCUCCCCGCUCAUCAACCUGGGUCAGAGGUCAUCGGCGGAGUGCCUCCUGAUCAACAUCGACUCCCCGCUCCUCAAGUUCUGAGCGUGCGGGCCAGGGCCGCCGUCUUGACUCCCUCCUGCCCGCCCGCCUGCUACUCCCACUGCAGCGGGCCUGGCCUGGAAUUGGCACUGUCCUGCGAGGUGGGGAAAAAAAUGCAGUCUCUUAAAGGUGAAGAAAGUGUCUUAUUGAUGUUUAUAUUGGUGGUGUCUCCUUGUCUAUUCAUCUCUCUAGCUGUGUUAUACGUCUUGCCUGCCAUUAUUUUAGUUGCUUGUUUCCUUUUAAAAAGAGCCAAUUAAAGUUGAUUUAAUAUGAUUGGGUGAGUGUGGUGUUGUGGUGUGCUGCAGGAUGCGUGUGGGCAGGCUGAUGUGAGAUGAUCAGGAGGCUGGGGUGGGGAUUUUGGUCCUGGAGGCUCCGUCGCAAAGCACCUCACACCACCAUGCUCUACUCAAGGACACGCAGUGACACAGCACAUCAUGGUGCAGCUCAACAUUUAUUUUAAACAGACUGCGGAUUAUUAUUUACAACUAAAAACAAACGGCUACACAAUCGUUUACGUUAGAACCCUCAAAUAAAUACACACCUAGGGAGCACGGGAGACCUGAAGCGGAGGGAACACGGUCCUUUUAAAUAAAACAAAGCUUCCACACGCUGCUCACACAUUCAAGUUGCCACACACAACUGCUGCCACGCUCGCACCCGUGCAGCAGCAGGGCUCAUUUCAUUCACAAAAUCAAAUCCAGCAUAUUACUUCUCGCUCUGGCUAUGAGUCACGUGCCUGCCUAAUCCAGUAGGCAGGCAC